AUGGUUGUAGUGAAAACCUACAGAACGGUAACUCUCCAGCUCAAUCCAUUACUCCUGGCCCCCAGCCCUACCCAGCCCCAGAUCUAUCCAUUACUCCUGGCCCCCAGCCCUACCCGGCCCCCAGCUCUAUCCAUUACCCCUGGCUCCCAGCCCAGCCCUACCCGGCCCCAGCUCUAUCCAUUGCCCCUGGCCCCCAGCCCUACCCGGCCUCCAGCUCUAUCCAUUACCCCUGGCCCCCAGCCCUACCCGGCCCCAGCUCUGUCCAUUACCCCUGGCUCCCAGCCCUACCCGGCCCCAGCUCUGUCCAUUACCCCUGGCCCCCAGCCCUACCCGGCCCCAGCUCUGUCCAUUACCCCUGGCCCCCAGCCCAGCCCUACCCGGCCCCCAGCUCUAUCCAUUACCCCUGGCCCCCAGCCCUACCCGGCCCCAGCUCUAUCCAUUACCCCUGGCCCCCAGCCCUACCCGGCCCCAGCUCUAUCCAUUACCCCUGGCCCCCAGCCCAGCCCUACCCGGCCCCCAGCCAGCCUGCAGCUAAAAUUGAAUCUCAACCUCUCUGUUAACAAUAGUUCCCCUCAGCCUCUGCCCCCACCCCCACACCUCACCAGCCUCUCCCCAACCCCCACACCCAGCCAGCCUCUCCCCCCACCCCCACACCCAGCCAGCCUCUCCCCCCCACCCCCACACCCAGCCAGCCUCUCCCCCCACCCCCACACCUCACCAGCCUCUGCCCCCACCCCCACACCUCACCAGCCUCUCCCCCAACCGCCUCACCCACCCAGCCUCUCCCCCACCCCCUCACCCAGCCAGCCUCUCCCCCCACCCCCACACCUCACCAGCCUCUCCCCCACCCCCUCACCCAACUCUCCCCCCACCCCCACACCUCACCAGACUCUCCCCCACCCCCACACCUCACCAGCCUCUCCCCAACCCCCACACCUCACCAGCCUCUCCCCCACCCCCACACCUCACCAGCCUCUCCCCAACCCCCUCACCUCACCAGCCUCUGCCCAACCCCCUCACCUCACCAGCCUCUCCCCAACCCCCUCACUCACCUCUCCCCCCACCCCUCACCUCACCAGCCUCUCCCCAACCCCCUCACCCAGCCAGCCUCUCCCCCCACCCCCACACCUCACCAGCCUCUCCCCAACCCCCUCACCCAGCCAGUCAGUCAUGAAGCAGCCUUCUGGCCAUGCUAUUGACCUCCAGCUUGACCCUGUCCAGCCCCUACCACCCCAUCCCAUACCACCCCAUCCCAUACCACCCCAUCCCAUACCACCCCAUCCCCUACCACCCCCAUCCCCUACCACCCCAUCCCCUACCACCCCCAUCCCCUACCACCCCAUCCCCUACCACCCCAUCCCCUACCACCCCCCAUCCCCUACCACCCCCCAUCCCCUACCACCACCCCAUCCCCUACCACCCCCCAUCCCCUACCAUCCCCCUCCCCUACCCCCCAUCCCCUACCACCCCCCCAUCCCCUACCACCCCCCAUCCCCUACCACCCCCCAUCCCCUACCACCCCCAUCCCCUACCACCCCCAUCCCCUACCACCCCCCAUCCCCUACCACCCCCCAUCCCCUACCACCCCCAUCCCCUACCACCCCCCAUCCCCUACCACCCCAUCCCCUACCCCCCAUCCCCUACCCCCCCAUCCCCUACCCCCCAUCCCCUACCACCCCCCAUCCCCUACCACCCCCAUCCCCUACCACCCCAUCCCCUACCACCCCCAUCCCAUACCACCCCCAUCCCCUACCACCCCCAUCCCCUACCACCCCCAUCCCCUACCACCCCCAUCCCCUACCACCCCAUCCCCUACCCCCCAUCCCCUACCCCCCCAUCCCCUACCCCCCCCAUCCCCUACCACCCCCCAUCCCCUACCACCCCCAUCCCCUACCACCCCAUCCCCUACCACCCCCAUCCCAUACCACCCCCAUCCCCUACCACCCCAUCCCUACCACCCCAUCCCCUACCACCCCAUCCCCUACCACCCCCCUCCCCUACUACCCCAUCCCCUACCACCCCAUCCCCUACCACCCCCAUCCCCUACCACCCCCCAUCCCCUACCACCCCCCAUCCCCUACCACCCCAUCCCAUACCACCCCAUCCCCUACCACCCCCAUCCCCUACCACCCCCAUCCCCUACCACCCCCAUCCCCUACCACCCCAUCCCCUACCCCCCAUCCCCUACCACCCCCAUCCCCUACCCCCCCAUCCCCUACCACCCCCAUGGUUUAG